AAAUCUUAGCGUUACGUGCGACAUAAUUACAAAAUCACAGCUAGAUAGAGGAAGAGGAGAGAGAGAGAGAGACAGGGGCGUCGUGUGCAUCCUCCCUUUUCUCAUAGACUUUUUAAUUAAAUCAUCACCAUUUUUAAUUCUGUUCCUUACUUUAUGUAGUUGAUGUGAUGUUCUUCGAUUAUUGCAUGAUUUUUUGUGGCAUUUCUGAUCAACCUAUAGUUUUCCGUCCAUGUAUCAUCGGCAAAUCCGUGAAUCAUAGUCGGCGUUGACGGUGGAAUAGAUUGUAUCAAUAUGAGUUUGGUUAAUAACAGCGUCGAGACAGUAAACGCUGCAGCCACCGCUAUAGUUUCCGCCGAGAGCCGCGUUCAGCCGACCUCCGUUCAGAAAAGAAGAUGGAGCAGCUGCUGGAGUCUAUACUGGUGUUUCGGAUCAUACAAACAAAGCAAACAAAUCAGUCACGCCCUUUUAGCUCCUGAAUCAUCAACAGCACCCAAUCCAACAGCACCAUCAACAAUCCAAAACACAAACACCACAAACACCGUCGUAUUCCCUUUCAUUGCUCCGCCGUCUUCUCCGGCGUCGUUCCUCCAAUCAGAUCCCCCCUCAGCCUCCUACUCACCAGUCGGUCUACUCUCGUUCAAAUCCCAAGGAGUCGCGUCAUCAAUUUUCACAAUCGGUCCCUACGCUUACGAGACUCAGCUAGUUUCACCCCCUGUCUUUUCAACUUACACAACCGAACCCUCCACCGCCUCCUUCACACCCCCUCCUGAAUCCGUUCAAAUCACCACCCCUUCAUCCCCCGAAGUCCCAUUCGCACAGUUGCUGACGUCAUCUCUCGCACGUGCGAGAAAACAAAAUCAGAAGUUCCCAUUUUCACAAUACGAGUUCCAGCCUUAUAACAACACGAAGAAAUUGGGUUCACGAUUGAGUUCCGGAUCCUUGACUCCGAAUGGAUGGGGUUCGAGAUUAGGGUCGGGUUCAUUGACCCCAAAUGGAUUGGGUUCGAGAUUAGGGUCGGGUUCAUUGACCCCAAAUGGAGGCGAAAUGAGUCAGAUUUCUGAGGUGGCGUCGCUUGCCAACUCAGCAACGAAUUCACCGAAGGGAGAAACGUUGGUUGACCAUAGGGUUUCGUUUGAGUUGACUCAUUUGGAUCUCGUGAACAAUCUAGAAUCUUCUAGAACUUCAUCAGGACAUAGGGAUUUUAAUUUUGACAACAUGAAUCCAGGUGUUGGUGUGGAAUUGGGGUCUGAAAAGAAUUGGACAUUUUUCCCUAUGUUACAGACGCCGGUUAAGCCGAGCUGAGGGUAAAUGGGUAAUUUACUAUUAUGCCCUUAAGAGGUACAGAUAUCUGAUUUGUCAUUUGGGCUUUUGAUGUAUGCAAUUUA